CUCUCAGUGUGCGAUCGUUCAUCUCCUUGGCUAAGCAGCUACUACUGGCUUAGGAUUCAGAGAGUCACUUGUCAUCAAAUCGUAUUAAUCGGAGCUUCAAGUGCUGUCCGUGUUGUCCGACUUCAGAGAAACAUUAAUUUGAUGAGCCUUACUUGCAACCUGAUUUAUGAAUACCGUUCAGAAUCGACGCAUUUUCUUAAACAUGUAGCUAAAGAAGUGUCUGAAUCGGACAAGUUUUCUAAAAUUCCACCCGCACAUAUCUGUUUAUCGUAAAAUCGUCAAAAGAACUGUAUCAGAACCAAAACGCAGAAAGCUCAUUUUGUGAGAGCCAUUAAUUACCUGCAUAGUAGUGUUCGGAAAGGGAGCAAUUUCCUCAUAAUGAAUGGAUCUAUAAACAAUACAACGGAAGUUCGGGGCGAUUUGUGUCCGCGCGUUGGUGUGGUUUCAUGGUAUUCUUGCAUCUUUGAGUUGUAUGCUCCUUCGGCUUUUUUUGUUGAUAAAUAUGUUAGUCCGAUCCUAUACUUCAUUGGUCUCGUUGGAAAUCUUUUGACAAUUAAAAUAUGGAGUCGAAGAAUACGCAAGACGAACACUUCGGCAUUGUACCUUACAGUUCUUGCAGUUUCGGACCUUGUGUUGCUGGCAUUGCACAGCGUGAUGGAACUACAGUUCACGUGGAAUGUGAGUACGUUGAACAAACUUGUCUGGUGUCCGACUUUCUUUGUGUUUUACAUGUUUGCUCAGUAUAUGAGUCCACUACUUAUAAUGGGGUUCACUCUAGAACGAUUCAUAUCUAUCGCCAUCCCAUUCAAAGGUGAGCGCUUUUCAAGGAGAAAUCGGGGAGCUUUGGAGAUUGUUGCAAUAAUCAUUCUCUCCCUCUUGCUAGCAGUGCCUCAGGUCUUUGGAUGGACAGUGUUUCCAGAUGGAGAAUGCCAGGGCACAGGGAUAAAGUUUUUCGAAAUUUGGAUCUGGGUCAGUGAUAUUCUUGUUUUUUGUGCAUUUCCGUUGGCGUCGUUGAUACUGAAUAUCCUGGUUAUAAAUGCUCUGUCCCGCUCCUUUAGGCUGCGAAGAGAUACAGUUCCAUCGUUCAAACUGAAUAGUUUCAGUAGCAAACUUUUAAAAACGAGACGAAAGGAACAGACUAAACAACGAAGUUUACGAGUCUCCACGGUAACACUUUUAUGUGUCUCUUUCUACAGACUUUUUACUGUUAUUCCAGUUGCUAUAAUUUUUGCGCUACAAUACAGGAUCCCAACCGGCGACGAAACUCUAUCCGUCAGUGAAAUUGGGAAAGAUUCCACAUGGAAGACAUUUUUUGACUAUCUUAUUGCGAAGAAGAUAAUUGACGAGAUCGGGCUAUCACAAUAUUCACUUAAUUGUUUUCUCUAUUAUCUGACAGCAAAUUAUUUUCGGAACGAAGUAUGUCGUCUUUUUCGGUCAUUAACUGAAUGCAGAGUUGGGAUAACGGAGUUUCGAGGGCGAAGACGCGGCACGGAGAGUUCUAGUAAAGGGACACUUCUCAGUACGCAGAAGUCUUUCUAUGACUGAGAGAGCAUUUAAUGAAAGUGACGACAUUUUGUUUGGGGAAGUCUGUGAUAAUACGACUGCAACAUAUUUCGGUUCUAAAUGUCAAGAUAAAUCGAAUUAUUUUCAAUCAAACAGUUCAUCGUUUGAAAACGUUUUCUUAUUUGACAUGGAUAUGAUUUUUUAAUAUAUUUUUUGUACAUAAAAAUUGUACUUUUAACGCCAAUGUAAGUUCAUCUUUGUUGACAGUAAAACUUGUUAUAUACAUGAGUUGAAAGAUCAACAAGUAAGCGGAAUGAGCACAAAUCAACUUUUUAACAGGGCUUUUAAAUAAGUUCUAUUGUACGGUAAAGAUCCCUUUCAAGUGGAGAAAAUUAUAUAUGUGUGUGUGUGUGUGUGUGUGUGUGUGUGUGUGUGGAUAUAUUAAAAAUAGAAAAUAGUUAAACGUGUAUUUAUUCCCGAAACCUUUGUAAGCUAUGAUAAUGGAAUACAUGGGUGGCGUAAG